UAAGGGAGUCUCUCUUGAUCUCUUGUUUAUAUUCAUGACCAUAAUGGAUUUGAUCGAGUAAUAUUUAAUUAUGUCUGUCACAUGCAUGGCUGUGUUCUGUUCUUCCCUUGCAACAACCUUAAUGCUUACCGCUUUGUUGUUAAUUUCUUAUCAACUUUAAUGGCCGGUGAUUCCAACAAAUCCAGUUUUUUAUCUUUUUGGCAGAUGAAUGUAUUAAUUUUGUGCCUGUGCAUGCACGGAUUGCCGAUGACAGGUUUAAACUGAAACAUCAAAGAGCUUGUAAACUUUUCCGUCCUUGGUUCAGUUCUCAGCUGCACCUAUAAAUUCUCUUGCUAAACUAGGCUUUUGUGGUACACAUUAUUUCUCUCAAGCAUUAUCUUAAUAAUGACCGCAGUGAAUAGAGUUCUUGUUUUGCUGCUUCUUGGUGGAGUUGUUUGCAGCAUUGAUGCUAGGAAGCUAGCUGCGAGCAAAGUGGGUGGUGUUAAUGAGCAGAAAACGUUCUUCAACAUGCCUGGUUAUUGGUUUGGAGGCGGAGGAGGUGCUUUAGGUGGUGCAUCAGGAAUUGGAAGCUAUGGCGGAGGAGGAGGUUUUGGAGGUGGUGGAGGGGGUGGCUUAGGUGGUGGUACUGGUUUUGGAGGAGGAGCCGGAGGUGGGUUUGGAUCUGGAGUAGGAGGGCUUGGUGGUGGUGGUGGGUUUGGUGGAGGAGGCGCUGGCAGUCUCUUGGGUGGAGGUGGUGGUGCCGGUGGAGGUUUCGGAGGUGGAUCACCUUGAACCCAAAACGUGUUUCCAUCCGUAUAUAGGCUGCUUAAAUUUUAACUUUGUUUAUGAAUUUUGCUUCCAAGUAAGCAGCUCCUGCACUUGAUAAUAUAUAAUUCCAUUGCAUCAAUAAGACUAUGAAGUCGAUAU